AUGGGGGGAAACCAGUCUUCAGUCACAGAGUUCCUCCUGCUGGGAUUUCCCCUCAGCCCAAGGACUCAGAUGCUCCUCUUUGGGCUCUUCUCCCUAUUCUACGCCUUCACCCUGCUGGGCAAUGGGGUGAUUCUGGGCCUCAUCUGGCUGGACUCACGACUGCGAACACCCAUGUACUUCUUCCUCUCACACCUGGCCAUCGUUGACAUGUCCUAUGCCUGCAACACAGUGCCCCAAAUGCUGGUAAACCUCCUGACUCCAGCCAAGUCCAUCUCCUUUGUUGGCUGCAUGAUGCAGACCUUCCUCUUCUUGACCUUUGCUCACACUGAAUGUCUUCUCCUGGUGGCAAUGUCCUAUGAUCGGUAUGUGGCCAUUUGCCACCCACUCCGAUAUUCUGUCCUCGUGAGCUGGAGAGUCUGCUCCAUCCUGGCAGUGACUUCCUGGACUUUAGGAGCCCUCCUGGCCCUAGUACAUAUAGUGCUACUCUUACCAUUGCCCUUCUGUGGACCCCAGAAAGUGAAUCACUUUUUCUGUGAAAUUCUAGCGGUUCUCAAACUUGCCUGUGCAGACACCCACAUGAAUGAGAUUAUGGUUUUGGCUGGGGCAGUGUUUGUGCUGGUGGGACCACUCUCCUCCAUUAUGAUAUCCUACAUUGAGAUUCUACGUGCCAUCCUGAAGAUUCAGUCAGGGGAGGGUCGCUGGAAAGCCUUCUCCACCUGCUCCUCCCACCUGUGUGUGGUUGGACUCUUUUAUGGCACAGCCAUUAUCAUGUAUGUCGGGCCCUCACAUGGCGACCCCACGGAGCAGAAGAAAUAUCUCCUCCUCUUUCACAGCCUUUUCAAUCCCAUGCUUAAUCCCCUGAUCUACAGUCUGAGGAACAGAGAUGUCAAAGCUGCUCUGAAGAGGGUGCUUGAAAAGGAGAGAACUUCAUGA